AUGCUAAAACCAUUUAGAAAAUGGUGGCAUCGAAAAGAAAAUCAUCUAGAUACAUUAAAAGACUUCGUAGAAAAUAACAAACUUUCAGAUAUCUCCGAACUGCUGGAUGACUAUCCUGAUCUAGUCUCUCAAAAAUUCCUCAAUGGUUUAACAAUAUUAGAGGUAGCACUUUACGUAUUUGCUGAUGACGUAAAGUUGGAAACCUUCAAGGUAUUAGUUAAGAAGGGUGGAAAACCCAAUCAGACUUUUAAAGACUGGGGCUAUAAAUCUGCUUUGCAUUUUGCUGCAAUGGGUCGAAAUCCAGAACUUUUGAGGUAUAUUGUUUCAAAAACGACGGACAUAAAUGCGACUUCUAACGGACAAAAUGCUCUUAUCAUUCUCCUAUCGGAUGACGGGUGUAAUAUAAAAGACGAAGACCAAAUAUUGAGAUGUGUUGAAAUUUUGUGUGAUAACGGAAUUGAUCCACAUUGUUGCGAUGAAAACAACAACACGGCUCUCAAAUUUGCAAAAUUAAAUAAUUAUAGUGAAAUAGAAAAUUAUCUUGCAGAAAAAUUGAAAGCACUAGCUACUCCUAACAAGGAGAAUAUUUUUGUAUGUUUGAAUUAUCUUAAAGUUAACGAAGAAGAUAACUUCAGAAAAUACCACACAACUUUAAAAAGUGAAGUCGUUGAUACUAUAUUGGAAAAAACUUUUCUACAAAUUGCGUGCACAAAAAACUUAAUUAAAGUAGUUGAUUACCUUAUUAAUGUAAUAAACGUCGAUCCUAGUGGAUUAGGCAGUAUUAACAAAACGCCUCCAUUUAUUUUGGCCAUGCAAAAAGGCAAUAAACAAAUCAUUGAAUAUUUCUUAAAGAUUCAAAAUUUCAAAUUACCUGACAACACAAUCUUUGAAUUUUUAAAACCAAUCCCUUGGAAUGGUUUAGAGGAGAACAACCUCUCACUGUUUCAAUUGAUUUUUAUUGAAUCAUACUUAGGACAGGAAUUUGUGAAUAAAAAAAAUGACAAAGGUAACUAUGCUCUGCACCAUGCCAUCAAAUAUAAUGGAAAGAAGACUGUUCAAGCUCUUCUACGCGCUAAAGCGUCAUUGGCAAAUCGCAACAAAUUAAAUAUUCUCACAAUCACAGACAUUGAUUACGGUACCCUGAAGGCUCAUCUAGAUUCGUGCAUUUGCAUGUAUAAUCAAGAAGCUAAUCACAAAUUUGGAUUUAAAGACAUGAAACAUUUAUGCAUUGACUAUAGAACAUUGCUUCCGUCCACUGAGAUGGAUAUUGAAACGGGUGCUAUUUUAUACAUGGCUAAUAAUUCCGAGCUGAAGCCACUCCUGAGUCAUCCUGUAAUCGAUAUUUUUCUAACCGCAAAAUGGCACAAAACUAAAAAUGUUUAUUAUAUUAACUCAUUUUUAUAUUUGGCACUUUGUGCUAUUUGGAUAUGGUAUAGUUGGAGUCCUUCCACAUGGUUAUAUUUCCUUCUUUGGAUUACAGUCGUUCUUAGAUUUUUUAAACUUAUAUUUCAUUUAUAUAUAAAAGUUAAAAAAUACGGAGAAAUUAGGUGGAUAGCAAGUGAAGACGGCCACAAAUCAAACGAACCACCCCAAUCUUUUGCAUUCUAUAAAAACUUUUUCAACCUGGAUCAAUAUAAGUUUGAUAAUAGCACAUUGAAAGAAGCUGAAUCUAUAAUUGAGGCAAAUCAGUCAUCUGCGUAG